AUGGAGUGGACACCAGCAGUGCAGGUUGACAUCGAAAUACCGAUGUAUAACAGAGGAAAAGAAAAAUCUAUAAUUCUGACACCUUAUGUCACUCACAAGUACGAUGAGCUAUCGAUUACUGCAGUUUCAAUUCGAAAAGCACAUUUUCCUCUAAUGUACAGAAGAUUCGCUGUUUCCGAAAACGAGCCACUAAUGUUGCCGAAUGAUUUUAGUCUUUCUGUAGAAUGCGAGUCACAUAUCCAAACGAAAGAAGAAUUCUCAAAAUGCGAAAAUCACAUGGUUUGUACUUGUGAAAAUCUAAAGGCUCCUAGAAGAUGCAAGUGCCCACUAGGUUCUAUUAGGAACCUGCGUAAAGAGAUCACAAAUGUACUUCCCAUUAAAACCCCAUUCACAGAAUUAAGGUUAGAAGAAGGAAAUAUCAACGCCUAUACUCACCAACAUGAAACCACUAUUGUUCUUGAUUCAAGCCUUAUGUUCAACAGCGCGCAUUACAUCAUAGAAGAAUCUUGUGAUAUAACAUUUGAAGAAAUAAAAGGCUGCUAUAAUUGCCUUGAAGGAGCACAAGUUAAAGGCAUCACCCCACGAAUCUGA